ACCAUGGUUGCAGCGUUGGAACGAAGACUAAGCGCUUCCAAAUCAUUCAACUUUAAAAGUAUGUUUGAUUCAUCUUCCACGAAACAACAACAAUCUCAAACCAUUGUCGUGGAGAACGGAGAUUCUCAUAUUGUCGAAUCCAACACGCCUGAAAGCCAAAACUCCGACAGCUUCGUAGAAAGCCCCGUAGAGAGCAGCCUUCCAAUGAUUUCCCCUCUUACUCGGCCAGGAAAAAGAUCCGACAGACAACAAGCAGAUAUGGAGAUGAUGAAAGACAGGUUCGCUAAAUUACUUCUUGGAGAAGAUAUGUCCGGUGGCGGAAAAGGUGUAUCUUCUGCUCUGGCCCUUUCCAAUGCCAUCACAAAUCUUGCUGCGUCUAUAUUCGGGGAACAAACAAAGCUACAACCGAUGCCGCAAGAUAGACAAGCGAGGUGGAAGAAAGAGAUCGAUUGGUUAUUGUCUGUGACUGAUCACAUUGUCGAGUUUGUUCCUUCUCAACAAACGAGCAAAGAAGGAGUUUGUACUGAGAUUAUGGUGACAAGACAAAGAGGUGAUCUUCUUAUGAACAUUCCAGCUCUUCGAAAACUCGAUGCCAUGCUCAUUGAUACACUGGACAAUUUCAGAGGACACAACGAGUUUUGGUAUGUUUCUAGAGAUUCAGAAGAAGGGCAGCAAGCGAGGAAUGAUCGGACAAACGACAAAUGGUGGCUACCUCCGGUUAAAGUUCCUCCCGGCGGUUUAUCUGAACCAGCUCGGAGAAUGCUUUACUUCCAAAAAGAUUCAGUCACACAGGUCCAAAAAGCUGCAAUGGCUAUCAAUGCUCAAGUCCUUUCAGAAAUGGCAAUACCCGAGAGCUACAUCGACUCUCUCCCAAAGAACGGAAGAGCCAGCCUCGGGGAUUCGAUCUACAAGAGCAUAACAGAGGAGUGGUUUGAUCCAGAGCAGUUCUUAUCGAUGUUGGACUUGUCGACAGAACACAAAGUGUUGGAUUUGAAGAAUAGGAUUGAGGCAUCUGUUGUGAUUUGGAAGAGGAAGCUUCACACAAAGGACACCAAAUCUUCUUGGGGCUCAGCAGUUAGCUUGGAGAAGAGAGAAUUGUUCGAAGAGAGAGCAGAAACAAUCUUGGUCUUUCUUAAACAAAAAUUUCCCGGUCUUCCUCAAUCUUCCCUUGACAUCUCCAAGAUUCAGUUUAACAAGGACGUUGGGCAAGCGGUGUUGGAAAGUUACUCUAGGAUACUUGAAAGCUUGGCUUAUACAGUGAUGUCAAGGAUAGAAGAUGUUCUUUACACAGAUUCAUUGGCGCUAAAGCAAACUUUAUUGGCUGAAGAAACAUCAGAUGGUGGGAGAACAACCGAGACGGAUUCCGAGUCAGCGGGAUCUUCUAAGUCGGGAGAAGAAACCGAGAAGCUUGACCCACACUACUCCAAGACCUUGUUGGAUUUUAUGGGUUGGAACGAUAAUAGUUCCAAAGGCGGCGAUAAACCUACUAAAUCUCCAAACAUUACGCCGAAAAAGCUCUCAUACUUGGAGAAGUUAGAGAAUUUGAACGGUUUUAGAAGUCCGAAAGAUAGACAUUAAUCAUGAAAAUCCUUGUGAGAUACUUUUAUAGAGAGAACAUAAGAGUGUAGAUAGGGAAAAGGAAUGAAAGCAAAGUAGCAAA